GAUGGUAGAAUACUCCUUGGACCUCCAGAACAUCAACCUCUCAGCCAUCAGGACAGUCAGGGUCCUCAGACCCCUCAAAGCCAUCAACAGAGUUCCAAGUAUGCGUAUCCUGGUGAAUCUCCUCCUGGACACGCUCCCUAUGCUUGGGAACGUCCUGCUACUCUGUUUCUUCGUCUUCUUCAUCUUCGGCGUCAUUGGAGUGCAGCUGUGGGCGGGGCUACUGAGGAACCGCUGCUACCCCAAGGAAAACUUCACCCUUUCAAAGGACAUCUCCCUGCCUCGCCCUUACUACAUGGCAGACGAGGAUGAUGAGCGACCCUUCAUCUGCUCUCUCGCUCAGGACAACGGCAUCAUGGCGUGCACCGACGUCCCGGCCCGCCGAGAACUAGGACGUACCUGCUGCCUGGACAAGGAUGAUGUGACACACAGACAGGGUUUGGGGCUGAGUCCUGAACCCCUGGUUAACGGGUCAGUGAGUGGGCCUGGACUGUGUGUCAACUGGAACCAGUAUUACACACGCUGUCACACGGGCCACAGCAACCCACAUAAAGGAGCCAUCAACUUCGACAAUAUCGCCUACGCUUGGAUCGUCAUCUUUCAGGUGAUCACCCUGGAAGGCUGGGUAGAGAUCAUGUACUAUGUAAUGGAUGCUCACUCCUUCUACAACUUCAUCUACUUUAUACUGCUCAUCAUCAUUGGUUCUUUCUUCAUGAUCAACCUGUGCCUGGUGGUGAUCGCCACCCAGUUCAGUGAGACCAAGCAGCGGGAGCACCAGCUGAUGCAGGAGCAGAGAGCCCAGGCCCACUCUUCCUCUACUCUAGCCAGCAUGACUGAGCCCUCGGCAGGUUGCUAUGAGUCCGUCUUCCAGCUGGUCUGCCACGUCCUCCGCAAGGCCCGCAGAUUUGAACCAGCGGUCCACUGUCCCCACCACACCAAGCCGGAACACGCCUCCCCAGGAGACUCCAUCGCCCUCACCCUCUCCCCCGCCACCGACGGCUGCCCUCAUUGCACCGUCGCCCUGUCAAUCAGCGACGGGGCGGGACCUGCCGACAGCCUGGCCAAUUUGGAGGUGGAGGAAGGAGCUUUGGAGAAGACGGAAGGGGAGGGCAGCAAAUGCGAUGCCGGGAAGGAGGAAGUGAAAGACGCGGCUCCCGCUAAGGUUUCUGGGGGAUGUAGGCGGGGGUGUGGGAAGCUGUGGGAGGAGACGAGGUUGAAGUUGUUGGGGAUCGUGGAGAGCAAGUACUUCAAUAGAGGAAUUAUGAUCGCUAUCCUCAUCAAUACCAUCAGUAUGGGCAUCGAACACCACAACCAGCCUGAGGAACUAACCAACGUGUUGGAGAUCUGUAACAUAGUGUUCACUAGUAUGUUUGCCAUGGAGAUGAUUCUGAAGAUAACAGCGUCCGGAUGUUUCAACUAUCUGAGAAACCCCUACAAUGUGUUCGACGGUGUCAUCGUCAUUAUCAGUGUGUGUGAGAUCAUCGGCCAGUCUGACGGAGGUCUGUCCAUAUUGAGGACCUUCAGACUCCUUCGUGUCCUGAAGCUAGUCAGGUUCAUGCCGGCGCUGCGCAGACAGCUCGUGGUCCUGAUGAAGACUAUGGACAAUGUGGCCACCUUCUGUAUGCUGUUGAUGCUGUUCAUCUUUAUAUUCAGUAUCUUGGGGAUGCAUAUCUUUGGCUGCAAGUUCAGCCUGAAGACAGAGGCAGGAGACACUGUUCCAGACAGGAAGAACUUUGACUCUCUACUCUGGGCCAUCGUCACUGUGUUUCAGAUCCUCACCCAGGAAGACUGGAACACGGUGCUGUAUAAUGGAAUGGCUGCCACCUCUCCUCUAGCUGCUCUGUACUUCGUAGCUCUUAUGACGUUUGGGAACUAUGUCCUCUUCAACCUUCUGGUGGCCAUCUUGGUAGAGGGAUUUCAGGCUGAGGGAGAUGCUAAUCGCUCCUAUUCAGAGGAUGACAGUUCCCCCUCUAACUUUGACGAGAGUGAGAAGCUUAAUGAUUCUCUCAAACUGUCUGAUCCUAAGAUCUGCACUUUGACCCCUAACGGGCACCUAGAGUUGACCACGUUGACCCCGGUGAUGACCCCCAGGGGGUCGUACCCCACUGACAGGCUGACCUAUGCCCUGGGGUCACGGAAGAGCAGCGUUAUGAGUCUGGGCAAGGCCAACCUGGAGCAGAGGAGAUCAUUCUCUCUGCACCACGGCCGCAGUUCCCUGCACCACCAUUGGGGUCGCCCUCCCCCUCCUCAGAGUGCAUGGAACCGCAGGUCCAGCUGGAACAGCCUGGGUUGUCCCUCCCGGGGGGUAGGGGGGAUGGGAGCAGGUGUGGUGGGAGGAAGCCUCCGUGUCCGAAGCCCCCACUCCCACAUCCACUCCCUUUACCACUCAGCCGAACACGAGUUCCUCCUCUCCCCCGCUCUCCGCCUCCCCCCUCACCACGCUCCCCCUCUCCCCCUCCUCUCCCGACGCAAUGCCAUCCGGCACCGGGACCGCCGCGCUCUCUCCCUGGAGCUGCCAAACAUGCUCCAGGUCCCCGGGGGACCUCCGUCUCACCCCAACCCCAGGAUGAGGAGUGUUUCUGGGGGAGGGAGCAGCGGCAGUGGGGGUAUGGUGGCGGAGCACCAUGAUUGUAAUGGGAAGGCUCCUAGUCCUACUGGUGUUAUGGGUCCCCAGACUGCCCAACUCCUAACGGAGGUCUUCCCUCAGCUGAACCUGGCCAAGGACAGAUCGGACCUGGAUGAGGAGAUAGACUAUAGUCUGUGUUUCCGUAUCCAGAAGAUGAUGGAGGUGUACAGGCCUGACUGGUGUGAGAAAAGAGAGGACUGGUCUGUCUACCUCUUCUCACCACAGAACAAGUUCAGACUGCUAUGUCAGUCCAUUAUAGCCCACAAGCUCUUUGACUACGUGGUUUUAUCCUUCAUCUUUCUCAACUGUAUCACUGUAGCUCUGGAGAGACCCAAGAUACUGCAGAGCAGCUUGGAAAGACUUUUCCUCACCGUCUCCAACUAUGUCUUCACAGCCAUAUUUGUGGCUGAGAUGACCGUCAAGGUGGUCUCUAAGGGUCUGUACCUGGGUGAGAAGGCCUAUCUGAAAAGCAGCUGGAACGUUCUGGAUGGUUUCCUGGUCUUCGUGUCGUUGAUUGACAUUGUUGUGUCCAUGGCGGGCGGGGCUAAGAUCCUGGGGGUGCUGAGAGUGCUCAGGCUGCUCAGGACACUACGCCCUCUCAGGGUGAUCAGUAGAGCUCCAGGCCUGAAGCUAGUGGUAGAGACUCUCAUCACGUCUCUGAAGCCUAUAGGAAACAUCGUCCUCAUCUGCUGUGCUUUCUUUAUCAUCUUCGGCAUCCUCGGUGUGCAGCUGUUCAAGGGGAAGUUUUACUACUGCCUGGGUCUAGAGGUGAAGAACAUCACCAACAAGUCUGACUGUCUCCAGGCUAACUACAGAUGGGUUCACCACAAAUACAACUUUGAUAACCUGGGACAGGCUCUGAUGUCUCUGUUUGUGCUGGCAUCUAAAGACGGCUGGGUCAACAUCAUGUACCAUGGUCUGGAUGCUGUGGGCAUAGACCAACAGCCGUCUAUUAACAACAAUCCGUGGAUGCUCCUGUACUUCAUUUCCUUCCUCCUCAUCGUCAGUUUCUUCGUCCUCAACAUGUUCGUGGGCGUGGUGGUGGAGAACUUCCACAAGUGCCGACAGAACCAGGAAGUGGAAGAGGCCAAAAGGAGGGAGGAGAAACGACAGAGACGCAUGGAGAAGAAGAGGAGGAAGGCCCAGAAGCUACCCUACUAUACCAACUAUAGUCAUGGUCGUCUGAUGAUCCACACUCUGUGUACCAGCCACUACCUGGACCUCUUCAUCACCUUCAUCAUCUGUAUCAAUGUCAUUACUAUGUCCCUGGAGCACUACAGCCAACCACAGUCAUUGGAGACGAGUCUGAAGUAUUGUAACUAUUUCUUCACCACAACCUUCGUGGUGGAAUCUGUCCUAAAGCUCAUCGGCUUCGGGUUCCGACGCUUCUUCAAGGACAG